AUGGCUGAGGGAGCGCGACACAGCUUCGAGCAGAAGGGGGUGGUGCGUGUGGGGCCGCGGGACCUUCAGGGCCACCCUGUCUCUCUGGAGGCGGCGCUGGAGGCAGCGCUGGAGGCCGGGGCCCAGGACGUCUGCCCAGAGGAGGAGGAAGAGGAAGAGGAGGAACCAGCGCUGAAGAGCUUCUGCCAGAGCUCCCACCUGGCCAAGCACCGGCGCACCCACACCGGCGAGCGGCCCUACCGCUGCGGGGACUGCGGCAAGAGCUUCCGGCAGAGCGCCAACCUCCUGCAGCACCGGCACACCCACACCGGCGAGCGGCCCUACCGCUGCACCCAGUGCGGCAAGACCUUCGGAUGGAGCUCGGCUUUCAGCAAGCACCAGCGCACCCACCUCGCCUCAAAGCCCUACCGCUGCACCGAGUGCGGGAAGUCCUUUGGGCAGAGCUCCAACCUGAUUGAGCACCAGCGCACCCACACCGGCGAGACGCCCUACGCCUGCCCCGAGUGCGGGAAGACCUUCGGACGGACCUCCAACUUGGUCAAACAUCUCCGGACCCACACUGGGGAGAAGCCCUACGGCUGCGGGCGCUGCGGGAAGACCUUCAGCCUCAGCUCCAACCUGGUCAAGCACGAGAGGACCCACACCGGGGAGAAGCCCUUCUCCUGCGGGCAGUGCGGGAAGCGCUUCAAAAAGAAGACCCACCUGGUGUCCCACCAACGGACCCACACCGGCGAGCGGCCCUACCGAUGUGGAGAAUGCGGGAAGGCCUUCGGGCAGAGCUCCACGCUCAUCGAGCACCAGAGGACCCACACGGGCGAGCGACCCUUCCGCUGCAGCACCUGCGGCAAGAGCUUCUGCGUCAGCUCAAACCUGGUCAAGCACCAGCGCAUCCACACGGGUGAGAAGCCCUACGGAUGCGGGCACUGCGGCAAGCGCUUCCGCUACAAGCCCCAGUUCACCCGUCACCUGAAGGUCCACCCUGAUGGGGACCCACCCUACCGCUGCACCGAGUGCGGGAAGACCUUCAGCCUCAGCUCCACCCUGGUCAAUCACGAGAGGACGCACAAGGAGGAGAAGCCCUUCCCUUGCGGGCAGUGCGGGAAGCGCUUCAAGAGCAAGCUCCACUUGGUGUCCCACCAGCAGACCCACACCGGCAAGAAGCCCUACGGCUGCCCCGAGUGCGGGAAGACCUUCAGACAGACCUCCAACCUGGUCAAGCACCUCCGGACCCACACCAAGGAGAAACCCUACGGCUGCGGGCGCUGCGGGAAGACCUUCAGCGCCAGCUCCAACCUGGCCAGCCACCUGCGGACCCACACGGGGGAGAGGCCCUUCUCCUGCGGGCAGUGCGGGAAGCGUUACCAGAACAAGGCGCGCUUGGUGUCCCACCAGCACACCCACACCGGCGAGAAGCCCUACGCCUGCCGCGAGUGCGGGAAGACCUUCGGGUGGGCCUCCAGCGUCCUCAAGCACCUCCGGACC